CGUUUGAAAGAGCAUGGACAUGAUGUGCUAGUGCUGGAAAAGAUUAAUAACACCUAUAAACAAGAUUCAACCGCGCAUGAUCCGUAUACGGGUGAGCCGGUCACGUCGAGGCAACACUGUUGGUUGGUAUUCUGA